ACAGUACUGCGUAUGACCAAAGUUUGCGAAAAGCAAAUACGAUGUUGUAUUCUCACCGAAAAGAUUUUUUCUUUAUUAUUUGUUUAUAUUUUAUCUUUAUUUUUUGACAGAAGAACACGAGUUUUCGAAUUCAGCAGGCCACCAUAAUUAGUACUAAUUAUUUUCUAUUUUUAAACGUGAAGAAGAUGUUUUAGUUACAAUUAUGACGACGUCUUCAUGUUUUUAUUUACUUCCAAAUAAGGAGCAUUGAUGACACAAUCGCUGACGGAUAAAACAUAAAGAAAACAAAUGGAAUCGUUGUUUGUAAAUGACUUUGACGUUGUCAUACAUCUAGCUAGAUCUAGGGGCCGUUACACGUAUUCAUUGUUCCAAAUUACAGCUUCCGAAAAAGCAAUUAUAACACAAAGCUUACGGAGGAAGAGUAUUGUUUAUAUAAUCGUUUUAUGCCACAGUAAAUCAUUGGCAACGAGCUAUAAAGCCAUGAAUAAAUGUCGUUCAUAGAGACACAUUGCAGUAACUACGGAUAAGCACAUGGUAAUAAACUUUAUAUAAAUUCACUUUCUCGAAGAUAGCUAUUUAUAUAUAGUUGGCAGCUAUAGGUAACUUGUACUAUUUUUGUGAAAAUAGCUACAAUUUAUUGAUACAAUAGACAGAUAGCUAGUUAGCUAGAUAUCAUGAAAAUGGUUGGCGAUUCUGUGUUUGAAGAUAUUUCUAUGAAGGAUGCAAAGUCUGCAUUGAGGGAUGCUUUGCGUGCGAAAUUAAAAUCUUCAUCGUUUGAAGAUAACUAUGAAGAAACAAGUCGAUCAGCAUCACCUACAAAAAUUAUUGAUGUUGAAGCUCUUGGAAAUGAUAGUGACAGUAAUGACUCUUCUGAUGAAAGAAUGUUAGAAGACAAGGACUCGAAUACUAUACCUAUUGAAGAAAGACGCUUAAGAAAUCGAUUAGCAGCAAGAAAAUGUCGUGAAAAAAGAAAGCAAAGAAUUGUCAACCUUGAGAAGAUUUGCAAUAACCUGGAAAGCCGUAUAUCUCAACUGCAAAACGAAAUAGAGGGUUUGGACGGGCAAAAAAAAAGUUUAACAAAAUUACUAGAGAAUCAUACUUGUGUCAGAUUGGCACCGAAACCUACAGCAGUGAUCACAAAUAAUGUUAUGACAAAAUGAUAAAGCAUAUAUAUGUUCGUUUUUAUAUAUAUCAAAUAUAUACUUUAUGCUAUUAUAUAUAUAUAUAUUUAUCAUUUACUUAAAAUAGUUUGUAAAUACUUGUAAAUAUAUUUUUUUAUUAAAAAGAAACAUUUUAA